GCAGCGGGAUCCUGGUAACUAAACGUGACGUCAUGCCGAAAACCAAUGAACACAAACAUGGCGGACCUUAGGUAGGAGGAGCACGAAGCGGCGAUAAGCUUGAAUAUCAAAUGAACUUUUGUCAGUUUUCCUUCGUAGAAUUAGUGGAAAGAUUUUUAGUUCUCCAAGUAAGUUUCUAGAAUGUCUGGAGAACACACACCAAGCUUAAGCGACGAAGAAGAAGACGACUUAGAUUGUUCAAACUCGCAGCCGCAACUUCCAGAGCUACAAGACACCUUGUCAAAAUGGACUAACUACCUGCACGGAUGGCAGGAAAGAUGGGUGGUUUUGAGCGGCGGCACUUUGUCCUACUACAAAUCAGAAUACGAUACAGCGUUUGGGUGUCGCGGCUCUAUGAGUGUGGCAAAAGCUACCAUACAACCUCAUGAGUUUGAUGAGUGCAGAUUUGAUGUUAGUGUCAAUGAUUGUAUGUAUUACUUGAGAGCUCCCGAUGUUGAAAUACGUCAGAAAUGGGUGGAUGGACUGGAAGCAGUUAAGGCUGCAGAGUCUGGCUAUGGUUCGGAGUCGAGUCUGAGGAAAGGUGGUUCUAUGCUCUCGCUGUCAUCUGUCACAAGUUUAUCCACAACAGCAUCAUCUUCGUCAUUCAAGAAAGGAAGAGGCCUGCGUGAAAAGCUGAUGGAACUGGAGACCUUUAGAGAUAUUGUUUGUCAGCAAAUAGACACCCUUCAGAGUUACUUUGAUGCUUGUGCUGGAGCAGGGGGAAAUCACAAACAACCUUCUCAUGUUGAUGGCCAUGAUCGUGAUCUCUUUGGUAGUAAUGAUGGACUGGAUCACGAUGCCGAUGAUGAAAUGGAUGAACUGUCAACUACUCCUACACCUGCCACUUUAAAUCAAAUUGCUGAUAACCUAGCUGGCAGAAGAGCAGCUCCUGAUGGCUUUGAUAAUCCAGUAGCAGUAUUGUCUAUUGCAAAUGCCAAAGGGGUUGAUUUCAGGGGAGAGUCCAUCACAUUCAAAGCGACUACAGCUGGGAUCUUGGCAACUCUUCAACACUGUAUUGAUAUCAUGAACAAAAGGGAGGAUCACUGGCAGAGGAGACUGGAUAAGGAAAUAGAAAAGCAUAAGAAGGCUGAGACAGCAAUAAAAUCAGCAGUUGUAAAUGCCAGGAAACAGGCAUUUAUUGGAGGUCCAGAUUUUGAGGAAGGGCCACACAGUGCUUUGAAUGAAGAGGAGUUUUAUGAUGCAAUAGAAACUGCUCUGGAUCGUCAGGAUGAAGAGGAUGCCAUCCAUGAUGAUUUCCAGGGAAGCACCUUUGUACCACCAUCAGAACUGAUGGUAGAGGAACCCCCUCACAGAUUAAAAACUGAGGUUGAUGAAUCAGUAAAGGCAAGCUUGCAGAUUGUUUUGGAAAAUGUAGACCAUAACUGGAACUUAGUGUAUGAGGAUGGAGAUUUGAAGGUCCACCGCCGUGAUUAUGAAGAAGGAGGUAUAGUUUUGGAUCCCAUGAAAGCUACACAUACUGUACAGGGUGUCACAGCGAGAGAGAUGGCUCACUACUUUUUUGACAAAGAUGUUCGCAUGGAUUGGGAAACCACAUUAGAGUCUUCGAGAGUUUUGGAACAACUUAGUGAGAGCUCAGUGAUAAUGCAUCAGAUUUACAAACGCGUUUGGCCGUCCUCCCAAAGGGACACUGUUUUUCUUUCCCACAUCCGAGAAAUACCGUCCUACGAUGCUGGCGAGAGACAGGAUAACGAAGUGGGACGACCAUGGAUUGUUUGUAACAAUUCCCUGGAUCAUCCUGAUGCUCCGACAAACAAGUUCGUUCGAGCUAUGAUUACGGUGGCGUUAUUUUGUCAGACAUUUAUUGAACCAAGGGAAGAAGGACAAAAACUCACCCGAGAUCAUAUAUCCUGCCAAAUUACUUACACGGCAAAUGUUAAUCCUGGGGGAUGGGCUCCUCCUUCAGUAGUACGCGCUGUCUCUAAACGUGAAUACCCGAAGUUUCUCCGCAAAAUCAGCAGCUUCUGUCAAAACGCCUGCAAGGACAAGCCCAUAACCAUGUGAGUCAAUCAGCGGGUGCCUACAGAGGAGCAUGUCACGGCCAAGGGUAUGAGCUUCUCGGAAAAUCUGUGUCAAUGAGAACUGGAAAUACAACACGUCUAGAUGGAUCUUUGUCGCUCGCAAAAGAAUCUCCAGUUCAGGGCAACACUGUGAUUAAAACAGACAAGUGAUCAGGAAUUUGCUUGGUUUAAACCGACAGUGAUCAAUUGUAAUUGCAAGCCAUGAGAAUUUUGUUACAAACCAACGAAAUUGUAUACACUGCUAGCCUCGCUGUCUAUAUGAUCAGCCUACGUGCAGAUAUUUGUGAGGAAAAAUCGAUUAAUGUUUAUCAAUUGCUGAAGGGUAAUUCCCGAAUUAAUGACAUGGAAGAAGAACGAAAAUCGUUUUCCAUGUAUUGAAGCUAAAAUAAGCGCACAACUCAAUUCAGAACUGCCGAUAACAUUUUAAUUCACUUUACAGUAUCAACUAGGCAGUUGUCUGCUUACGAUAGUAAUUGUCGAUUUUAAAGGCAUCGGCAGUCGUAGUGCGCAUGUCACUUUUAGAAUAAACACGUAAUAAAUUAACAAAUGUGAAUGUACAGCUUUUUAAAUUAACCCAAAAUGAUAGAAAAUACGCGCAACGUAAAGAAGAAAUUGUUAACAGAAAUGACAGUUACAAUUACUUGGUGCCUGCUUAUUAAAGGAACGCUUUUUCGUUGUACAAAAAAUGUUUACAUUGAUGAAGAUCUUUAUUGAAUUAUUCUGAAAGAUUAGGAGAAGGACAGUCUAUUUUGUUACCGCCGCUGUAAAACAAUCAUGAGCUAAACGGACAAGAAGUUCAAGAAAUAUAUAUUUAUUGAGGGUUUGACCGACAGGAAGAAAGCUGAAGACGUAAAUAACUUUUCGUUUUCAAAACGACUUCUGUGGAAAAUCAAAGUUAAUGAACAUGGAACAGUGUUAAUGAGAUCGUGUACAUCUUAUAAUUCUAGUGAAUGUUGAUAAAUACUAGAGAAAAUUUCAAGCCUU